UAUGUGGUUUCUCUUCCACUAACAACACUGCUCCUCUGUGGUUAUCCCAUAGGUUUAUCAGAGAAGAGCAAGGUGCAGACUCCAGCCUUCACAGACGCACUGAGACUGUACCGCCAGGCCCACGGGCACUAUGGCACCUGGGAGAUGAUGUGUGGAGUGCCCUCACAGGUGAGCAUGUCACAGCCAAUGACACUGUCUGUGUCACAUGUGCUGGUCUGAUCUGUAUGUGUCUCAUUGGUGGUGUUACAGGAUAUAUUGAAAGACUACCACUGUUUGGUUAUAGUGUACAGACAGACAGACACCAUUCUGCUGUCCAACAGCGGGUCAGGGCCAAGUGAGCUCAUGCCCAAAGGAUUGUGUCACCAGGGCAGGGGCCGUAGUGACAUCAUCAACUCGCAGCUGGACUAUGCAUCCCAAAUGAUACUACCCUAUUCCCUAUAGUGCAUUAUGGGCCUUGGUCAAAAGUAGUGCACUAUGCAGGGUACAGGAUACCAUUUGGGAUGCAUCCCUGUAUGAGGAGCCAAUAUGCUUCCUGUUGCUGUUCUCUCUUGGGUCGCUGUAUCAUGUUGAUGGGUAUUUUGCUGACCAGGCCAGGGCUCUGACUGUAGGUCAUAAAAACUGUGGCGCGUGCAGAGGGACGCACACAGAUUCUGGUGAAUAAGACUAAGAAUGUUGUAUCACUAUGGAAAUAUGGCUAUUGGGUCUCAUACAAAUACUUUUGGACAGCUGAAGCAAGCACACUAUUUUUCUUCAAGGAAAUGACCCUUUGUAGUUUUUGUCAUCUGAAACACACUGAUCCACCUCUGUAUGUGUUGUGUAUCCCUCCUGUAGAUUCUGGCCAACCUGGUGAUGGAGACUCUUCUUCCUGAGCUCAGGGAUCUGAUCUCCCCUCGACUGAAAGGCAAAAUGCACGACAGGCAGAGGAACUGGAUGCUGGUAAGUCCCGUCUCUCACCCAACAGACCAAGUACACCUUUAUAAAUUAUACUAAGAAAGUAUAGCUUGGGAAAAUCUUACCCCUUAGCUCCUGUGUUUCCUGUUCUGACAUGAAUCUCUGUGUUCCCCUGCGCUGUACGGCACGAUGGGUGCCCUCUCCUCCAACAUCUCCAACCUGUUUGUGUGUCUUUCAGAAGGGUUGGGAUCAAGGCAGGAGAUGAAUUUCCAUUGACUGCAAAGAAAAUGGAUCAAUAAAGUAUUGUUCUGUGCCCCCAUGCAGGUCUGCGAUGCGGUGUAUGGUCUGGUGGUGAGGCAGUCCCAGGCCCAGUACGAGGCCGUGGUGCAGAGCUGUGAGGCCCAACGCCCCCCUCUAGAGGCCUCCAUACGCACAGACAUGGACCAGAUCAUCACCUCCAAGGAGCACGUCACCAACAAAAUCAAAGGUGAGCCCUCCGUGAUAUGAGCAGUUAGUGCUGUGGACAACGCUCCUACCUUUCCCCUUUUCACUGUCCUAUCUUUAUCAAAAUAAAUAUCACCCAAAUAUAUUUUAGAAAAGGAUGAGCCCUCCACAUUUGUAUGAAGUUGACCCUAGUCCUAGAAACUGACCCAAGGUCGGUUCUGCCUUCCACCUUGUGUACAAUCAUUCCUGCUCAAUAACAAAAGAUACAGUUACAUAGUAAUUUAUAAUACAGGAAUUUUCUUUUUAUGCUACUCACAACGCCACCCCCACCCAACUUCCUAUCCACCUUCUCAGCCACAACCCCACCCUCCCACCCAGACAUCUCUUCGCUAUGGCUGGGAGAAGAGCACACAGCAUUGUGCAAAGAAGUCAUAAACAUUAAUAAUAAUACAAAUAAAAGGAGAAAUACAAUUAUAUGCAUACUGAAAUACAAUGAAAUAAGUCAUGGACUAAGGGGAGUAAGCUCAUCCUAUAUCUCUGCCCAAUAAGGGCACCUUGGGACACUAACCGGUCAAUUCCAGUAGCUGCAGUGCAUAGUGGAUUAUAGUCCCUCCAUGUCUGGCCUGCAUGUCAUUCUGGGUCCUGUUUACCAGUGAGUCGACAGGUAUUUACCAAUAGUCUGACAGAUGAAUUUCACAGCCACAUAGGGCUCUAUUCAAUCCGUAACUGGGAAGUUCGGUGUUACAGCGUGAUUGAAAUUUAAAGGCAACGUUCUCACAUUAGCGGAGACUGCAUUCACUUUAAACGCUGCAUAUGUCGGCUCAAUCGGAAAUGACCUUUUACAUUUCUAGCGUGCAAUCUGUAUACAAUCUGUAUAUCAGCGAUACAGAUUGAAUAGAGCCCCCUUAGACAGUUUAGUGUUGUGUGACCGCCUGUGUCCAUCGAGUGGAACGCAGGAAGGCUAGCAGCAUUCCAUCAACAGUUAUGAGGGUAACUUAGCCUUAAAAUGACUCACCUCUGUCGCUAUGACAGUCUGACAGACAGAAAGCUGCUGUCAGGGAGAUGGCUCUGUGGUCAUGGACAGGAGCUGAAUUCCUUUGGCCGACAUGUGUAACACUCUCAGUAGGACUUCUGCCAGUUUUCUAAAGUUAUCUAGACAAUUCUUUGACAUUCUCGCUCUACUCUGUGACCCCCCCCACAGCGGUGGUGCUGCCCAAGGCAGAGAAGCUGCUAAAGGUGAGUAUCCAGCCCUACAUCAGCUCUAUCCUGGAGGCCCUGAUGGAGCCCACCAGCCGAGGCUUCUCUCAGGUCAGAGACGUCUUCUUCAGAGAGCUGGUGGACAUGAGCAAGAACACGCUGAACGACGGCACCAAGGAGAAAGUGGGAGAGGUGAGAGGGCUCAGCUUCUAAUUGUGACCAUAAGCCUAAUGAAACUGCAUCUCAGUUUAGCGGCUUACAACUGUAGGUUUCCAUAGAACAAUGUAGUGAUUUUAUAUUUGAAUUGUAUUUGGGAUACAGACACGUGUGAAAUGAAUGACUAGUUGUAUCAUUCUACCCUUUGAUAUAUUGUGUUUGUUCUGUAGGGACUAAAGUGAGUACAGUAGGUCACUGCCCAGUCUCACUCCUCUCUCUCCCCAUCCUCAGCACAUGGAGAAGAUCUCAAUGCUGGCGUUCCACCCAGUGAAGAUGCAGAGCUGCUAUGAGAAAGUAGAGGACUUGAGUCUGGACGGCCUGCAGCAGAGGUUCGAUGUCUCCAGCCCCUGUGUGUUUGUCCAGAGAGCACAGAUCCUCAUGAGAGAGGUAAAACUACACUACAUUGCACCUUCCUACACAUUAUUAAGCCUUGUCCGAGUCAGAAUGGCCCAUGUGGUAGUAGCCGAGCUCAUGUUUCUGUAACGUGGAGCAGCUUGAUGUACAAGUACACCCCCUGGACAGGAUGCUAGUCUGUCGCCCUACAUCUUAUUACAUGCUGCAAAACGUGACACAACGUCUUAACUGCUGAUUUAAUAGUUUUUCACUGAGCUGAUACACUGUAGGGGUAGUUAAUAGAGCUAUCACACAUGCAGUAUUCUACAACUAGUCCUCACAGAGUAUGGUACUGAUUCAGUAAGUGCUAAAAUGUCUCCAUUUGCGUUCCUGCUGGUGUGUGAGUGCUGGAAGGAUGCAGUCUGCAGGUCUCUGUUGUGGUGGGUGGUUAUGCUGUUUUGUUUGAGGUCCUCAGAGCUAUAGGGAGUUCUUUAUUGUGGUUAGAGAACAAUCACAUUCUGGUCAGCGAGUGGUGGGGCUAUGGUUAGCUGUCAUUGGCUGGCUGUUCUCUGUUGACAGGCUGUAGGUUUAGGGAGAGUGAUCCUAGAGCCAAGUAUUCAGCACCCAGCGUGUCCCCCAUUGUGAAACACGAAGGCUGUCGUCUUUGUAGCGGCCAUAUGCUGCUGGGAGUCAGAAUUCUCAGACUGGGGCUAAGGUCGUUUGUAACUUUGCUUUGCGUCCAAGAUUCUGUUUAUAAUUCAGAUAUACAAUAGCUAAAAUCUUCCAUCAGUGUUUGGAGCAUGCUUUGUGUAGAAUGAAAGGAGGGGUUGUAUUGGACAGUAUUCCACUAGUAAACAGUAGAAACAUAUUAUAUUCUGUAACGCUACACUUACACAGGAAUUGUUGGGAAGAUGGUGCCCUCUUGUGGUGAAUAUAUGAAACAUUAUGGAAUUUUUCUUCUUGGCUAGACUUUUGGAAAUCCAGUAAGUAUCUCUUGUGUGAAUGUUGCUGUUAUGUUUACUAUAUAUCUUUGAAUAUCUUAUCCAACUUGCCACAAAGCUAUUCCCUAUUCUAUUCUAAACAAAUGUUUGUCUGUGCAGCAAAUGGACGAUGCGGUGUACACGUUUGAGCAGAUCCUCCACCAGAGUCUGGAGGACCAGGAGCCAGAGGGGCUCUGUAAGAACAUCCAACGCUGCCAGGACCGGGUCAUCAAGGUCAGACACAGGAGAGGGUUGCCCCUGCUACCUGCCAUGGCACAGGGAUGGGUAGAGGAAGGGUGGGGGAAAUAGGAUGGAAAAUCAUACUAUAGGAAAACCAAGAAGAGGGGAUUUAGUUGCUUGUUUAAUGUCGACGUUUUAGCUCUGAGGCCUUUCUCAAGACCUCAAAUCCAGUGAAGCCCUAUAUACUCUAGUGGUGAUACCCUUUAUUUAACCUCUCCUGUCUUUCGUUUCCCUAAUUUCUGUCCCCCUCUCUUCUCAGAAAUUUGACUAUGACAGCAGCACAGUCCGGAAGAGGUUCUUCAGAGAGGCUCUUCUUCAGAUCUUCAUCCCUUACAUGCUGAAGCAGCUCUCUCCCUCCGUAUCCUCUGUAAGUCUAGCAGCUCUCUCCCUCCGUAUCCUCUGUAAGUCUAGCAGCUCUCUCCCUCCGUAUCCUCUGUAAGUCUAGCAGCUCUCUCCCUCCGUAUCCUCUGUAAGUCUAGCAGCUCUCUCCCUCCGUAUCCUCUGUAAGUCUAGCAGCUCUCUCCCUCCGUAUCCUCUGUAAGUCUAGCAGCUCUCUCCCUCCAUAUCCUCUAAGUCUAGCAGCUCUCUCCCUCCGUAUCCUCUGUAAGUCUAGCAGCUCUCUCCCUCCGUAUCCUCUGUAAGUCUAGCAGCUCUCUCCCUCCGUAUCCUCUGUAAGUCUAGCAGCUCUCUCCCUCCGUAUCCUCUGUAAGUCUAGCAGCUAUCUGCCGGUUGUUGGAACACUUAGCAUUCUCACACUUUCAAACUAGACAGUGUGGCUAGACCGUGACACUGUUGGGUCAAAUUAAUACAUUAUGGGUGUGUUCGUAAAUUCACUCUGGAGUGCCAGAGUGCGCUCAGGGUGCGCUCUGGGCGUUCGUAAAUUCAGAGUGUUGUCAGAUUGUUUGUUAGUAAAUUCGGAGCGUUCAGAGCGCACACUGGACGCUCUGGCCGAGGAGUAGGGUUGAUCCGAGCGUUCUGACCUCACAACGGCAGUCAAGCACCCAAGCUAACUGGCUAAAGUUUGCUAGCUUGCUAGCUACUUCCAAACACAAAUGAGAGAACACCUCACGCUGACCAUUUUACUCGCCCUAGCAGAGCUGGUUAUCUAGAGCGUUGGUAACUGCUGUUGGCAACAAUUUCAUUUUUCUUUUUUUACUGACACCGGUCAUAUUCAACGGGUGCUGCGUGUUCGUAAAUUCAUCAGUUAUUCUGUGCUCUGGCACGCUCAGGAGAGAGUGCUCUGAAAUCAGAGUAGAUAGCCAGAGUGAAUUUACGAACACACCCUAUGUACUGUAUGAAACUGACAUUACACUUCCAUGCAAUGGCAUUCUCUUUGUCACUCAUAGUGUUAACUUAUUCUUUCUUUGCAUGUCUCUCCUGAGUGUAUGAUUCCUUUAUGGGUUCUCAGUUCUCAUACUUUUUCCUCUGGUGGCCAGGAGCUGCCUCGUUUCCAGGAGCUGAUCUUCGAGGAUUUUUCCCGUUUCAUCCUGGUGGAGAACAUCUUUGAGGAGGUGGUGCUGCACUCUGUCAUGAAGGACAUCAUGAUGGGUGAGUCUCACAGCUGAAACAGUGGCUGUAUCUUUAAUGGCACGUUAUUCCCUUUGUAGUGCAUUACUAUGGGCCCUGGUCAAUAGUUAUACUCCCGAGUGGCACACUAGAGAUCCUGGUUCGAAUCCAGGCUCUGUCGUAGCCGGCCGCGACAAGGGAGACCCAUGGGGCGGCGCACAAUUGGCCCAGGGUAGGGGAGGGAAUGGCCGGCAGGGAUGUAGCUCAGUUGGUAGAGCAUGGCGUUUGCAACGCCAGGGUUGUGGGUUUCGAUUCCCACGGGGGGCCAGUAUGAAAAAAUAAAAUAAAAAAUAAUAAUGUAUGCACUCACUAACUGUAAGUCGCUCUGGAUAAGAGCGUCUGCUAAAUGACUAAAAUGUAAAUGGUCAAUAGUAGGAAAAGGGUGCCAUUUGGGACUCCGACAUAUCCUUCUUAUUAAACACAAAAACUGUUUUAAGUGAGAAGCAGUGCCUACUCCACCCAUGCUCUACCAAGGUUUUCAAGCACACAGCUUUGGCCUACUACAGUAGCUAUGUUGGUCUAUUGUACUUCAAACUAUGUAUAGGCAGGAUUAGGAAUCAAAUAUUCUCAAACAGCUUAAUUCAUACUCUUAGAGGAGUUGCUCCCACAAUAAUGUGAUUUGUACGGCAUACUAGGCAAUGUAUUGUAUUCUUCCCACCCCACACUGACCUUAUCCCAUUCCACUACCUUUUCAAGCUUAAUUUUUUGUAUUAUAUGAAAGUAAGCUUUGCUUUUAUACUUACAAGACCAUUAGGCUUGAUCGAGUGAGCUUUUUUUUUCUUAUCGUAUGUGGUGCCUGCCUGUAAUUAUUUAAACCUUUAUUUUAGCAAUUACACUACCGGUCAAAGGUUUUAGAACACAUAUUCAUUCAAGGGUUUUUCUUUAUUUUUACUAUUUUCUACAUUGUAGAAUAAUAGUGAAGACAUCAAAACUAUGAAAUAACACAUAUGGAAUCAUGUAGUACCCAAAACAGUGUUAAACAAAUCAAAAUAUAUUUUAUAUUUGAGAUUCUUCAAAUAGCCACCCUUUGCCUUGAUGACAGCUUUGCACACUCUUGGCAUUCUCUCAACCAGCUUCACCUGGAAUGCUUUUCCAACAGUCUUGAAGGAGUUCCCACAUAUGCUGAGCACUUGUUGGCUGCUUUACCUUCACUCUGCGGUCCGACUCAUCCCAAACCAUCUCAAUUUGGUUGAGGUCGGGGGAUUGUGGAGGCCACGUCAUCAGAUGCAGCACUCCAUCAAUCUCCUUCUUGGUAAAAUAGCCCUUACACAGCCUGGAGGUGUGCUGGGUCAUUGUCCUGUUGAAACACAAGUGAUAGUCCCACUAAGCCCAAACCAGAUGGGAUGGCGUAUCGCUGCAGAAUGCUGUGGUAGCCAUGCUGGUUAAGUGUGCCUUGAAUUCUAAAUAAAUCACAGACAGUGUCACCAGCAAAGCACCCCCCCCCCCCCCCCCCCACACCAUAACACCUCCUCCAUGCUUUACGGUGGGAAAUACACAUGCAGAGAUCAUCCGUUCACCCACACUGCGUCUCACAAUGACACUGCGGUUGGAACCAAAAAUCACUAAUUUGGACUCCAGACCAAAGGACACAUUUCCACCGGUCUAAUGUCCAUUGCUCGUGUUUCUUGGCCCACACAAGUCUCUUCCUCUUAUUGGUGUCCUUUAGUAGGGGUUUCUUUGCAGCAAUUUGACCAUGAAGGCCUGAUUCACACAGUCUCCUCUGAACAGUUGUUGAUGUGUCUGUUACUUGAGCUCUGUAAAGCAUUUAUUUGGGCUGCAAUUUCUGAGGCUGGUAACCCUAAUGAACUUAUCUUCUGCUGCAGAGGUAACUCUGGGUCUUCCAUUCCUGUGGCGGUCCUCAUGAGAGCCAGUUUCAUUAUAGCGCUUGAUGGUUUUUGUGACUGCACUUGAAGAAACUUUCAAAGUUCUUGAAAUAUUCCAUAUUGACUGACCUUCAUGUCUUAAAGUAAUGAUGGACUGUUACAGUCACUCAUAGAUAUCAAAUCAAUAUUUAUUGGUCGGGUACACAGAUUUGCAGGUGCAAAAUGCUUAUGUUACUAGCUCCAACAGUGCAGUACAACAGGUGUUCCCAAACUUUUUCACUCCGGCCCCCCUUUCCGCAUUGGGGAACAUCCCGCGCCACGUCUGGUUCUAUGGGCACAAGCACUGUUCACACCCCUCUUAUUGGCGUGGAGAACAUUUUGCAGGUUUAAAGCAUAUUUCCUGCAAUGCUACACAUUUUGUCAUGGGGUGCAGAGAAAAUGUUGCAGUUUUAAAGCAAAUUUUCUUGCAAUUCUGUACAUUUUGCAUGUCUGUGUUCAUGUGAUAUUUGAGUGACUCAAACAUUACUACAAAAUCUAUGGGCUUAGAAACCUAGCUAAAAUAUUUCUGUUGACAUGGGCUAGUUGAUCUGGACAUUUAUGACAACUUAUACAUAAUAGCUCUGUAAGGUAUGCAAAGACUGACAGGACAAGAGAAACUGAUGAUGCACUACCCAAUUUCGAAAUUGCACCUUGCACCCACUAUUACAACUUUCAAGAGUAAGUUGAAAGCAGGACUGAGUUCCUUAGUGUUUCACACUACAUUGAAAGACAUUUACAAUAAGACUAUCUAAAAACACUUACAGCCUAAUUAUAUAAUACAUACUUUUAAAAGCAGGAGACUGAUGUUCAUUAUCCCUCUGAAGAGUAUGAAUUUGUCUUUUUGAGAAGGUUUGAAUCCUAAGCAACCUUCCUAUGCAUUGUUUUGAAGUACAAUAUACCAACAUAGCUACUGUAGUAGGCCAAAGCUGUGUGCUUGAAGACUUUGGUAGAGCUUUACAUUUUAGUCAUUUAGCAGACGCUCUUAUCCAGAGCGACUUACAGUUAGUGAGUGCAUACAUUUUCAUACUGGGUGAAGUAGGCAUUGUGGUGCUCGUGAAUUACCUUUUUCGGCUUAAGACCAAUGCCUACUUCUCACUUAAAAUAUAGUUUUUUACUUAUAAGUGAUUCACGAUAUAUAGAUGGACACCACACACUGCAUUCGGAAAGUAUUCAGACCCCUCGACUUUUUCCACAUUUUGUUACGUUUACGUUAAAUUCUGUGUUUUUUCCUCAUCAAUCUACACACAAUACCCCAUAAUGACAAAGCAAAACUUUUUUUUUUUUUUGUGCAAAUUUAUAAAAAAUUAAAAACUGCUAUAACAUUUACAUAAGUAUUUACUCAGUACUUUGUUGAAGCACCUUUGGCAGUGAUUACAGCAUCGAGUAUUCUUGGGUAUGACGCUACAAGCUUGGCACACAUGUAUUUGGAGAGUUUCUCCCAUUCUUCGCUGCAGAUCCUCUCAAGCACUGUCAGGUUAGAUGGGGAGAGUCGCUGCACAUCUAUUUUCAGGUCUCUCCAGAGAUGUUAGAUCGGGUUAAAGUCCGGCCUCUGGCUGGGCCACUCAAGGACAUUGAGACUUGUCCCGAAGCCACUCCUGCGUUGUCUUGGCUGUGUGCUUAGGGUGGUUGUCCUGUCGGAAGGUGAAUCUUCGCCCCAGUCUGAGGUCCUGAGUGCUCUGGAGCAGGAUUUCAUCAAGGAUCUCUCUGUACUUUGCUCCGUUCAUCUUUCCCUCAAUCCUGAGGAGUCUCCCAGUCCCUGCUGCUGAAAAACAUCCCCUCAGCAUGAUGCCAGGGAUGGUGCAAGGUUUCCUCCAGACGUGACGCAUAGCAUUUAGGCCAAAGAGUUCAAUUUUGGUUUCAUCAGACCAGAUAAUCUUGUUUCUCAUGGUCUGAGAGUCUUUAGGUGCCUUUUGGCGAACUCCAAGUGGGCUGUCAUAUGCCUUUUACUGAGGAGUGGCUCCCGUCUGGCCACUAUACCAUAAAGGCCUGAUUGGUGGAGUGCUGCAGAGAUGGUUGUACUUCUGGAAGGUUCUCCCAUCUCAGUAGAGGAACUCUGGAGCUCUGUCAGUGACCAUCGGGUUCUUGGUCACAUCCCUGACCAAGGCCCUUCUCCCACGAUUGCUCAGUUUGGCUGGGCGGCCAGCUCUAGGAAGAGUCUUGGUGGUUCCAAACUUCUUCCAUUUAAGAAUGAUGGAGGCCGCUGUGUUCUUGGAGACCUUCAAUGCUGCAGAAAUGUUUUGGUUCCUUUCCCCAGAUCUGUGCCUCGACACAAUCCUGUCUCAGAGCUCUACGGACAAUUCCUUCGACCUCGUGGCUUGGUUUUUGCUCUGACAUGUACUGUCAACUGUGGGACCUUUUAUAUAGACAGGUAUGUGCCUUUCCAAAUCAUGUCCAAUCAAUUGAAUUUGCCACAGGUGGACUCCAAUGAAGCUGUAGAAUGGACACAGGAUGCACCUGAGCUCAAUUUUGAGUCUCAUCAAAGGGUCUGAAUACUUAUGUUAGUUUUUUUUUUUUUUUUUUUGUGCAACAAUUUCUAAACCUGUUUUCGCUUUGUCAUUAUGGGGUAUUGUUUAGAUUGAGAAAUGUUUUAUUUAAUACAUUUUAGAAUAAGGCUGUAAGGUAACAAAAUGUGGAAAAUGUCAAGGUAUUUGAAUACUUUCUGAAGUAUGUAUGUAUGUAUGUAUGUAUGUAUGUAUAAAUUAGCUUUGUAGUACAAUUGAAAGUUCAAAUACACAGCAUUUCAAACAGUCCGCAAUAACUGGAUGAAUUCAGGGAACGUGAAAUUAGGCUAAAUAUAAGCCCCACUAAUAAUGUAAUUAUUUUAUCAUAGUUUUACCUGCUUUUUUUUUUGCAAUAUCCACUGGUCUGGCUUUCUAGUCUAUGAAAAUUCACUUUUUGUGAAAUUUAACCAGAACCAUGCGUAAUGCACACUCACUUAUAUAAUGACUAACUUCAUGUAGCCGGCAUUAUAGAAAAUUAACACCGGUCUCACAAACAAUCUCUCAAGCACAAGCCGACUUGCUAGUGAGUAGCCAGAUAAUCUUUAUAUUUGAAGUUUAGUCAACUUGGAUCUAUUUGCUAGCUAACACGGCAGAACAGUUUAAUUGUUAUGAACACACCCUUCUGUCCGUCUCCAACUGUUUGAAUGGCAUGCUAGCCUGUCCACUUUGUUCAGAUGUUGAAAUCAAGUGGCCUAGUUUAUUUCUCAGAUUGAAAAGGAGUUGCCAAUUCCUUAUAAUUGUGUUUUAUGCUUAUUGCACAUUUAUAAAACAGACUAGACAGCUAGUAUAAUAGUCUUUGGCUAAAAUGCUGCUAGCAGUACCGCAAUGCCCCGCAUGACAAACUGAGCGUUACUUUCAUUGAUACUCCUGUUUUAGUAGUGUCUGCGCUUUGCGCAAUUUGAGAAGUUGAGACAUAAAAAGGUUAACUUCUCCUUUACAGUAAAAUGUCGCUGUAUUUCAGUUUCCAUAUGACUGAUUCUGUUGGACCAAACCUCAAAUGCAAAUAGCGAGUUGAAACCGCUUGUCAGAGAGGAAGAAGUCAUCUCUAAACUUUGUUGCUGUGAGUGACAGGGCGAGGUGUGUGUGUGUGUGUGUGUGUGUGUGUGUGUGUGUGUGUAAACAGAGAGGAAGAGGCGACGCAAAAGGUUUCACUCUCGCCAAAAUCUGUCCAAAAUAAGUCCAAUGCGUUUCUAUGGGCUUCUUUUAGACCUAAGCUUGUCGUCUGCCUUCCCACCUUUUGAGACGACUCCCAUUGUUAGGGCGGAGAAAUUAGCAUAUUGUCGUCAUAUUCAGAUCUGGUGUAAAUGGGAAGGUGCACAGAAGGAGUGAAGGAGAUGAGACCAAAAAGACAGCAUGAGAACAAGCAAACAUAAACGCUCAGAAAAACGGAAAAUACAAAAAACCUUGACUCUUGCUAUACAGGCAUUUGGAAUAUUGCCCCAAAACAAAUGUUAUUAAUCAAAUGAAUUUGAUAUCCCCUGACGCGCUCAAUAGAGAAAUGGUCAGAUGAAGCAGAGGCUAGGCUACAAGACUGCUUUGCUAGCAAGGACUGAAAUAUGACUUCGCCAGUAGCAUUGACAAGUUUACGACCUCAGUCACCGGCUUCAUAAGAAAGUGCAUCGACAACAUUUAAAGUUCGCUGCUUUCCUAACCAAAAGCCCCAGAUUAACACUGAGAUACGCUCCAAGCUAACGGACAGAGACACCGCACAUCGGGCUAUACCAGCUAACCCUGAGGCUAGGGUCAUGGCAACGAAUGCGUACAAGCAGUCCCGCUACGCCCUCCACAGAUUCAUCAAACAUGUGAAGGAACAAUGCAAGAAUAAGGAAAUAAAUUCUACUAUACCGGUUCUAACACAUGUCAAGGACUACAGUCUAUUAUGGAUUAUAAAAGAGGACCCAGCCCUGAACUGUCCAACGAUGCCGCUCUACCAGACGAACUGAAUGCUUUUUAUGCAGGCUUUGCCAGAAACAACACAGAGCCUAGCAAGAGGGCCCCCACUGUCCUCGAGGACCGGGUGAUCUCGCCCUCCGAGGCUGACAUGAGACUUUUAAACGGAUCAACAAUUCUAAGGCCAGACUGUAUUUCAGGGCGCGACCUCGUGGCAUGCACAGACCAGCUGGCUGGCGUCUUCACUUCAUUUUCAGCCUCUCCCUGUCUAAUCCCCACAUGUUUCAAGCUGACUACCAUCAUUCCUGUUCCCAAAAACUCGAAGGCAACCGGGCCAACCCCAGGUGGUGAGGGUAGACAACAGUGUCUGUUGGAGACAGACUGGUCGAGUGGCGAAUGAAGUCAUCCCCUCUUCUCCAUAAAGGGAGCCACUCGCCUGCCAACUGGUCAUUCUCAAUAAGCUUUCCUCAGCUGGACUAGAUUCCUGUUUUCCUACUGCACUGUUCUCAUUAGACGCAUGAGGUUAACUCUGCCAAAUGUGGGACUUCAGCGCCUGUUGAGUACCGACCGUAAGAUUUUCGCUUGGAAUAGAAUAAAUGAUUUACUUGUCAGUCUCUGUUUAGCUAGACCCACACCGCUAGCUAUCGAGCUUUAGUUAUCUAUUUCUGCAAGGCUACAGCUAACUUGGCUAACUAGCUGCUAGGCUAGCUAGCCACUCAAACGGCUAGCUCUCGCCACAAGGCUUAAGCUAACCCGUGUAAACUCACCACAACACUUUCUCAGAGCCAUGGCGCCUGCUGCCCCUGCACAGGGAAAACCUAGCAGGCCUCCAGCCCCAGAACCGGCACACCCGUGCCCGUGUGGGGCUAUGAUAGCAGGCAAAGAUAUGCACCCAAUGUGUAUCGCCUGCUUGGGUUUUGAGCACUCUGCGGCAUCACUCGCUAGUUCUUUGUGCACUAUGGGGCUCUCCCUGCAAACUCCCUUCACCGGCGAGUGUGCAGAGCUAACCCCAAACAAGACUCAUCGCCGUCACCCCAUUCUGGAACUACGGAUCGUCAACAGCUUUCUGAGAACGUUAACGUUUCGUAUGCUUACGCUUAACGUGCUGUCUCACACUAUUCGUCAAGGCGACUGGUUCACUUCACUGCAGCACACAGGUUUCCUUUCAAGGCACAGCCUACGAAUAUCUUACCUGUUUGGGCUAGCACCGGCUCCCCGUCUGUUCAGCAAGUAUGUAGAGGUGGCUCUAGCACCCCUCGGGGCUGAGAGUCUCCGCCUACAUAGAUGAUUACUUGCUUUGCUCCCCCACACGGGGGCAAGUGGUGCGAGACAUCUUUCCUUGUAACCCACCUCAGCGAGUUAGGGUUAAAGAUAAAUCAGAAAAAGAGCUGUCUGGUGCCAACACAGAGAAUAGAAAACCUAGGCAUCGAGCUAGAUUCUCUCAUCGUGCUAUACAAUCAGACGGCCGAAUAACAGACCUGUUCGUAACCAGUGGCUAUGGAUGAAAUGUAUAAAAGUAUCUGUACAAAACAUGAAAAACAUACAAAAAUAUAUAUUUUGAAACAUCACAUUUUGACUAAAUGUGUGAACAUUUUAAAAUGUAUGCUUAUUUUUGAGAAUUUAAACUGUUUACUUGUUAUAAAAGGUUAAUAAAAUAAAUACACUAUGUGGUUCUUGGUAACGGACGAACGGAUCAUGACGAGAGGCGGAGAGAGUGUGUUGUGUACCUCCAAUCAAGUUGAUUUGCGAAGUUUCAUCGAUAUUGGUGUCCUAUUGGCUUAGAUGUGAUGAUGGGAAGAUUUGAAUUUAACAUUGAGCAUCAACCAAUCCCAUACUUAUAGUCACGACUAUAAUAUUUGAAUGCGUUAUUUAUUCAGUGCAUGGAAGAGAGUACUCGUGCUUGUAGAUGGGCUCAGAGUUCUUCCUCACCAAGUGACCUCAGUAGGAAAAACUCCAGGCCGUGUUAAGUGAUACUGCUCCUGUGGUCUGUGUACAAUGUCUUAAUGACCCGCCCCCUCUUUCUUUUUAUUCUUCCCUCUUACUGUAGCUGUCAAGGAGGCAGCAGUCCAGAGAAGACACAACCUUUACAGAGACAGCAUAGUGCUGACCAGCAGUGAUCCCAACCUGCACCUGCUGGGGGAUAACCCUGCCAUCGACUGGGCUGGGGAGUACGGGACAGGACCGGAGGAGGGACCGGAGGCGGUGGACGGGGAGGAGACUGGGGACAGCACAGGAGGGGCGGCCCAGAGGAGGCGCAGGAUGAAGCAGGUGGUCUCUAUAAUACAGCUGGACGGCUCUCCCAUCCUGGCCAACGAGUCCUGCCUGGACGUCCCCGGGGUGGACAGCAUCCCUGAGGAGACGGCGGGAGAGGACCAGGACACAGAUGCCCCGUCAUCUCCAGAGAGUGUCCACCAGGAACCAGUCAAAGUUAAUGGAACCGGUCAAAAAGGAAAGCGAAAGGCUCCUCCUCCUCCAGUCCAGCCAGAGAACAUUCCAUCCCCUGCCCUAACGAAUGGCUCCGACGUAAAAGGAGAGCCGGCGGCCAUCUUGAGUAAGGCCCCAGAGGUACAGACCAAAAUCUCAGAAGAUGUCCCCAAGGAAGCUGAGAGUGAGAUGAAGUCCCCAGAGACGAAGAGCUUCUUACAGGAUACUGAGAGCACAGCGUCAGCCAUCGAGAGUGCCAUACAGGAGAUUGAGAAUGCAGUGCAGGGAGAGGACAGCGAGCCAGCCGUGGAGGCGGAUACACUGGAGGCAGUGGCAGAAGUUUCACCCUCAAGCCAGAAGGAUAGUGGACCCUUAAGCAAAGAGGAAGAGGAGGAAUCUUUAAAACCAAUUCAGCAGGAGGCACUGGCACCAACAGCUUUUAGCCAAGAGGAAAGCACUCCUUCCAGUUUAGAGGAGGUAUCUCCCUCCACUCAGACUGAGGUAGCAGCAACACCUAUAGCACAAGAGGAGAUCCCCACACCAACAGCCCUGGACAGCAAGCAAGUCCCUGCAGCCAUACCAACAGAAAUGCCUGCAGCCAUACCAACAGCCCUGGAGACGAAGCAAGUCCCUGUCCCAGGAUCAAUGCCAGAGAGCACUGGGAGCACUUCAGAAGUCAGUCCAGAGUUGGAACAGGCCACAGUGCCACAUGAUGACCGUGGCUUCCACUCUCUCACCAGUGAGGCGGUGAAGAAGGUGGAGGAGGAUGCUGCCCCCAGUACAGAGGGGCCAGAGGCAGUAGAGUUGGUCCCUGAGGCAGGAGCAGAGGGUGAGGGAGUGACUUUGGUCCAGGAGGGAGCAGCAGAGAGGGUGAUUGGCCCAGGAGGGAGCAGCAGCACAGAACAAUAA